CUGACGUCACACUGUAAUUGAAAACAAAGGUUGAAACGUGACAUUUUUAGGCCUAUCAGAGCACGAAGAUAGAAAAGGUUUCUGUGAUUAAUAUUUAAAUCGUUUCUGUAAACAAUGGACGAAGAGGUUGAACCUUCGACACAUAACAAAAAGAAGCGGAAAUUUAUAGAUUCAUCGGACAGCGAGAGUCUGUGGAGUUCAUCAUCGUAUAGCGAUGACAGUGAAGACGAAGAAGAAGAAGAAGAUGAUGAUGAUGGUGUCGUUUACGUUGAUGAACACAGAGAAGAUGAUUGGGUGGAUACACCAGGACAAAUAGAGCCAUUUCCUGCUCACAAUCGAGGCGUAAUACAUAAAGAUUUUGGCGAAAACCCCACACCUAAAGAUAUAUUCGAUCAUUUAUUCCCACAAGAAUUAGUAGAAUUAAUAGCGAAUGAAACAAAUGAAUGCGCAAACCAAUAUACCAAGUUACGGCGAAAGAGUGUAGAAAAAAGUUGGACAGAUACAAAUCCUGAUGAAAUAAGAGUACUACUCGCAUUAAUUAUACUUCAGGGUAUCGUCGUCAAACCAACAAAUCGUAUGUACUACAGUCAGAAUAAAAUUAUCCAAACUCCUUUUUUCAAUGAAGUAAUGAAACGUGAGAGAUUUGAUCUGUUGACGGCAUUUCUUCGUUUCAAUAAAAAACAGGAGAGAAGUAAAUCAAAUUCAAAUUACGACCUACUUCAGAUAAAACCAGUAUUAAAUAUGCUUUCGGAAAGGUGGCAGUCGACUUACACUCCGGAGAGGGACGUAUCUAUCGACGAGAGCCUGUUGCAGUGGAAAGGGCGCUUUAAAUGGAAGAUUUAUGUACCGAGGAAGAGGAAUAGGCUGGGGAUAAAGUCGUACAAGUUAUGCGAAUCGUCUACCGGAUACGUAUACACUUUAAUGAUAUAUUCUGGAGAUAAAACUGCCAUUCCCGACAAGAUACAAGAUAUUGACCUCGAAAAUUUUGAUAAACCUGCUCAAAUAGUGUUGACCCUGAUGGAAAGCUUGCUGAAUCAAGGACACAGAUUAUAUGUUGAUAAUUUUUACGCAUCACCUAAGCUGUUUGAUGCCUUGGUGGAGAAGAAAACGGAUGCGGUCGGUACCGUUAGACGCAACAGGAAAGGUAUGCCAAAGAAGUUGACGCUUCGAAAUGACACAUUAGCGGCAUACUAUCGGAAAAAACUAAUGGCUUUAAAAUGGUUAAGUAGAAGGGAAGUAUAUAUGCUGUCGACCGUUCACGAUGAUAGUAUGAAAACUUACAAUAAUAUUUGUAAACCCGAAGUUAUUAUUGAUUACAAUAGAGGAAUGGGAGGAGUUGACCUUUCUGAUCAACGGAUCACAAACUAUUCCCUUGCAAGGAGAAAAACAAAAAAAUGUUAUAAAAAGUUUUUUUUUCAUCUUUUAGAUAUCACCAUCUUGAAUUCUUUCAUCAUUUAUAAAAAAUGCGGUCACGACAUUACUCAUCUGAAAUUCAGACUAGAGUUAAUCAAGGACCUAAUUGAUCAUCAUUUAAGAAGAACUUGUAAGAAAACAAAUUUUAAAUCUAUGAGAACUGACAUGUCUUUGAGACUAGUAGGAAAACAUUUUCAUUCUUACAAUUCUCAAUCUGGGAGGCAUGUUUAUCGUAGGUGUGUUGUUUGUUCUGCAAAUCAUAUUCGGAAACAAACUAAAUGGCAUUGUCAGCAGUGUCACGUCGCUUUAUGUGUAGUACCAUGUUUUGAAAUAUUUCAUACGCAGGAACAUUUUUAAUACAUUUUACUAUAUAAAAGGUCUUUUUAUCCUUGUUUCCAUCUGGAAAAUUUAAAGAUUAUAUUUAUAUGAAUUAUAAUUUUUUAAACCUCUGUUGUGUAGAGGAUGGAUACACAAUUUGUCUUCUGUGCUACGAGAAUACAUAUUUUAUAAAUAAGAUUGUCACCUUCAUAAAGUUUUAAUUACCUUCAGUGUUUAAUAAAUUAGUUAAAAGCAAUUGUGUGUACAGUGUUUAUAAUGUAGUUAACAUAGAGACAAGUAGAAUUUGGACCAUCUAACCCAUUCUCAUCACAAGUUAUGCUUUCAAGCGUAGAUAACUUAUGGCAUGCAUGCUCUGUAAAGUGUAUGGGAUAAUUUUUUAUGGCCCACCACACCAAAAAAGGAAAGCAAAAGUUACGCCAAUCUAAAAUAACAUUGCUGAAUAUCCUACUUCGGUUGACGAAAGAGUGAGAUCCUUAUCUUCUGCUGUUUAAAAUUCAUUCAUCUGUAUUAGAUAAAUGAGGUUUAUGGUCUCAUUGAGGAAAGAUGAACCUUAUAGGAAGGUAUCCCACUACUUCUCUCGCCAUGCCUCUCAUGUUUACCAUGUAUGAUAACCAUAGUCACAGGAUAUGAAGCAAAAUUAGGGUUGCCGUUCUCCAUUUUGAAAACUUAUCACGCUUCUUCCAGAAAAAGGAUCCGGGUACCCAUUAGUGGAUAAACCAUUGAAUGCACCUCAACGGUUUUUUUCACGUGUCUAACAUUACAAUUGGAGACAGUUUCCCAUAGAAAGCGCACACCAAAUGGAUAAAACCACUGAACACCUCUACUUGUGGGUUCGUGCCUCGACAAUGCGCUAACGGCAUGGAGUUUUCCGUGGUUUUUUUUUCAGUUUAGUAAUUCCUAAAUAUGAACCAGUUUCCCAUAGAAAGUUUACUCAGAAUGCUCUCCCCUGGCGUUGCCAUAUUUCAUCCAUCCAACGCAAUGUAACGCCGUUAGGACCUCGUACAGUACUUAAAACCACCGUGGAUAUGAUAUAGACAGAAGCUCAAAUGUCUUCUCACCUAGGCCUAAAACUAUUGUGGUUUUGGGUUUGGGCUUCAAUCCCACCAGCGGUCGAAUGGGUGAAAUUAUUGGAUUUUGGUAAUUGGUCACGGGUCGCGUUUACCAACCGGAUAGUCACUUGAUUUUCCUCGUUUUCUUCGCAUAAAUGGGGGCAAUUUUCACAUAGAAAGUCCCUGGGAAGCGCAAACGUUGGCAGAUCUCCAUUUGUUGCUUUACCACUAAACCAAACGAACCCAUAUUUCUUACAAUAAUUCUCCUUGUCCUUGGUCACGCAAGAAACAAAAGUAAUAAUUAGAUAACAAUAUUUCCUUCUAUUGUGACGACAUUCCUACCUACCAUGACCCCGCAGAUAGGGGUGAGCUUUGUUUCUUUCCAAGUAUAGAAGUAUUAACAGGGCCAUAGAGGAAAACAAAUACCUGUAAAAUGUGCAUACGUUUUCAUUAUAAGGUUAAUAGAGAAUUUAUUAUCUUUUAGAGAAUCAAAUAAUUUUGUUAGCGAAGAUCUGUGGAAGUUUGGUCGCUAUUUAUGUAUUUCAUAAAUAAAUAGCCUCUUAAUUUGACGAACAAAAUACCCUCUAAAUAUGGUGAGAAGUGAGGGAAAUUCCCUUAAUUAUGGUGAUAGAUAAAGGGAACAUCCGUAAAUGUAGUGAGGGAUAAAGAAAAUGCCCCUAAACAUGUAGAGAAGUAAGAAAAUAUCCCCUAAAUAUGGUGAGAGGCAAAGGAAAAUGAGCUACAUUACUGCACAAUAUUUUAUUUUUCCAUAAAAGAUAUCAAUAAAACAAUUAAUAGACAAAAAUUAUUCGCGUGAGCUGUAUAAUUAAUCAUAUUUAUUUUUUACAUUUUCAUGAGAGAAACAUUUUAUUCCCUUAUUAUUAAUAAUACACGAGAAGACAGAAGAACAUUUAAAGAGAGUAAUGCUUUGUUACCACGGUAGCAUCGGGUAUGUGGCUGUAGCCAAUGGUAAGAUCGAACACGUGUGACGUUGUACACAAGUGUUGCUGUGACACACGCGAUGAUCUUUCUAACAUUUCCUUCAGGGAGAAAUAAAUCACGUGAUGCAAUCGGACUAAUCAAAAUCAUGCAAAUACACGAAAUAUUAGCAAUUAUUU